AUGAACAAUUUGGAGUUUUUUUCGAAUUCUCCUCUACUUAAUCUUACUGAUCAUCAACCUGAACCACCAAUAUUCAGUUCAACACCGUUAGUACUUGCCGAUAAGCCAUUACCUCCUGCUCCUUCAUCAACAUCGUCAAGUUUCUUUCUUCCACUAACAGAAAAUACUCAAAACAACGAACAGUUAACUAAACUAAACGAAGAUCUUUGUCUACUUGGCCUGUACGACUUUGUUCCGAAAACUCUGAAUAUCGAUCAAACAGUUUCCACAUGUCGCCAACUAGUCAAGAAUUACAACAAACUUUCGCAUGAGAAACAUCUUCUCUAUGAAAAAUUGAAAAAAUAUGAAUGUGAACAAGUCAAAUACGAUAAACAAGAAGAUACAAUAAAGCACGAUCUCGGUCGACUUCAGAUAAGCAAAGACCGUCUGUCAGAUGAUAUUCAUGGAUAUGUGACAAAAAUUAGUCAGUUAACGCAAACAAUCCAAUCAAAAGACAAAGAAAUCCGUCGAUUGAAUCAAUUGUUUGCACAGCAAAAUGCCCUGGCGAAGCAUCAGUAUCGAACUUUAGAAAAACAAAUGGUGAAGUUGAAAGAAAGAGUUUUAACUUGUGAAAAAACUCGAUUUGCGACGUCAGAGAUGGCUUAUUCAUGGCCGCUAUUGUUAAACGAAUCAAUAGUAACGCCUGUAUCGUCUUCUGAAAUGCUGCUGAAGAAGAUCUGCUAUGAUUAUGAUCAGAAGCAUCGCUUAUUGAUGAUUGAAAACGAACAACUACGCCAAUGUGUAAUUGAUAUAAAUCGGCAACUGGAACGUUUAUUACUUCUUCAUCGAUCACCAACUGAUCCACGAUUGGAAAUCGAUGACGACGAAAAAUCGUUUGAAACACGAAUGAUGGAACUACCAUGUACUGCUGUAAACGAGAUCAUUCAACGUCACUUUUCAAAAAUUUAUGAUCAACUUGAUCGAUAUUUAUUGUAUGACAAAGUUUCGACUAUUCGAUCCGAAUACAAAGAUGAUAUCAAGCAGAAUACCAGUAUCCAUGAUCAUUUUCUUCCGUCUUAA